UGUAAAAAGUCCCUCUCCAGCUUUCUUGUCGGCCCCUUUGGGUAUUGGAAGACUGUUGUAAGGAAAUAUAGGGGGUGGGUGCGGGGUCACUUGGCAGAGUUUUGGGAUAACCAGUCACAGAUGGGAAAGAGCAAAAGCAGACGCCACCAAAGCUCAGGCUGGGGGAAAAUCUGGUUGUAGAAGAAAUGAGUAAUAUGCAGAUGAUAAAAGCACCCUAAAAAACCUCGGGGCUUGUGCAGCUGCGCGGGCUUAAGGACACGCACUGGGACAAAGGACCGAUAUCUUUACAAGACCUGGCUUCAUAGGAAGGGGAAAAUGGAACCGGUUUCAGGAAGCCUGGGCCCCCGACGGGCAAAACCCCCAACCCCCCCCGACCCUGGGGCCUCCCGCCGGCGCCGCCUCACUUCUCCUAUUUCCCAGCUCAAAUAGGGGGAUGCUGGUGGUGCCGGGGAUGGGGCCGGCAUGGCUGUGCGGGCUGCCCUGCUGCUGGGCGUGCUGCUGCUGACCCACCACACUGGGGAUGCAGCCCUCCUGGAAGCCAAUGGCAACCUGAGCUGCCGCUGUGCCAAGACCACCAGGGCCUUCAUCCCACCGUGGAAAUACAGCAGCAUCGAGGUCCGGCCAGUGGGGAGCAGCUGCCGGCGCCUCGAGGUGGUGAUUAAGCUAAAAAGCCUGGAGAGGGUCUGUGUAAAUCCUGACACCCCUUGGGUGAAGAAGCUCCUGCAGGACCUCCCUAACCUGAGGAAGAAAGAGGCUCCCCACUGAGGAAGCUGCCACCAGUGGGACAGCCAGAUGUGCUGGGCCUGAAACUGGUCCUCACCUCCCACGCUGCUGGCUCCUUGUGCAGAGGGGACGAUGCUGCUGUGUGAUGCCUUGAGCCCCUUUUUCCUUGGCAUUUUGUGCAUUUAAGCCCUUGAAAAUGCCAGUACCCCCUUCCCCACCCUUCCACCAUGUGCUGGGUGUCCCCUUCAGGCACAACCUAACACGUCCAAUAAAGGUGCAGCUCUCGGUCA